AGAUGCUGGCAGAAAAACACUCGGUUUUCAAGACCGAACAUCACGCCGCUCGCACGACCGGCCCUGGCGCCACCAACAUUCUCGACACCCCGAAACUCCGGGCUGCGUGCGAGAACUGCCGCCAGUCCAAGGUGAAAUGCAACCUGUCCGUGUCGGGGGGCAAGGAGGCCCCCUCCUCGUCGCCCUCGUCCUCGUCGGCGUGCAUCCGGUGUCUGCGACAUGGGUUGACAUGUCGGUAUCGCGUUGCCAAUCGGUCUGGGAAGCCCAAGGGGAGUAAGAAUCGGGCUACGUUACGGAAAUUGGGGCAGUUGCAGCUUCAGCAGCAGCAGCAGCAACAGCAACAGAAUCAGCAUCCGGAGCAACGGAAGCCGAUGAUUUCAAGAGGAGACGCUAAUGAGGUUCUUCUCGAUUGCUAUGCAAAGAGUCCCCAGGAUACCAGCCAACCCAGCCAUUCUAACAGUCCUGAUAGUCAGGGAGUUAGCAUGACGGACCUGUCCAUCUUCGACCAAACGACGACGACGACCACCACCACCACCGCUACGUCGUCCAUGUCGCCGAUCUUCCUGCAGAAGGAGUUCAUCACCAAGGGGAUCACCAGCUGUCCACUGGCGGUGCAUAUGCAACCGACGUGCGACUGCGGCGACGCGCUGGUGUUCCACAUGAACCGCCUGCGGUCCGUGACGACGAUGGUGCAUCACCCGCGGUUUGAUCUGCUUUUGCAAGCCAUCGCGACCGCGCUGGCGACGUGCCGCAUCUUUCUGCAGUGUCCUGGCUGUCCCAAAGACGGCACGCAUCUGCUGUAUGCUGCCUCGAUCGUGGACUUUACCGUGCAGCUGUUUGAUUUCGCCAUUCCCUACGAGCUGUCCCUGACAGGAAACACCACCACCGCAGCAGCAGCAGCAGCUGCUGCUGCUGCUGCUGCAUCGACCGCCACGUCCACGUCACCAGCAAACGACCCCGGGGUGCUAGUGGGCUACGGGGAGUACGAGAUCGCGCUGGACGAGACGCGCCGCAUUCGGCGGUUUCUGCUGCGCGGCCGGCUGCUGCAGUGUCGGGAGGUGGUGAGCCUACUGCAGGAGACGACGGAGGUGAGUCGGCAGGAGCUUUUCAUCCGCGGUGGAGGUGGUGGCAGCGGCAGCCCUGGGGCGACGGCGACGGGGGCGACGGAUCUGACGGCGGCAAUGAACCGGCUUACCCAGCUAUCCACCCAGCUAACCUACCCCCAGGGCCUCCUGGCCAACCAAACCGCGCUCAUCACGGGCGCCGCGCAGGGCAUCGGCGCCGAAACCGCCCGGCUGUUCGCGAGGGAGGGGGCGCGCGUGGUCAUUGCCGAUGUGGAUGGUGAAAAGUCCCACGCCCUUGCCCGCGACCUCAACACCCAGCACGGCCCCGCCACCGCAAUCGCCCUCCCCGGCGACCUCACCGACGAAAGCUACAUCGACACCCUCAUCCAGCAGACGGCCGAGUUCGGGAACGGCAAGAUCCACAUCCUCGUCAACAACGCGGGGUUUACCUGGGACGGGGUGAUUCACAAGAUGACAACCCCGCAAUUCACCAGCAUGCUCGCCAUCCACGCGACGGCGCCCUUCCAGCUCGUGCGCGCCGCCGCCCCGUUCUUCCGGCUCCAGGACGGCGAACCCCGGUGUAUCGUGAAUAUCAGUUCCACGAGCGGGGUGCAUGGGAAUGCAGGCCAAGCAAACUACAGCACCGCCAAAGCCGCCAUAACGGGACUGACCAAGACGAUCGCCAAAGAAUGGGGGCCGGGGUUCGGGGUGCGCGCCAACACGGUGGCGUUCGGGCACGUGCGGACGCGCCUCACCGGGCCCAAGGAGGACGGGGCGGUCAUGGUCACGGCGGGCGGGGAGCGGGUCGCGUUGGGGAUCCCGGGGCGUGCGUUGCUUGCUCGGCGGGGGGGGUCCUCCUUCUCUUCAAGGGAUGCUUCAGGUAAGGGGCGGGCCGCCACACAGUAUCCCGAUAUUCCGCUCGGCAGGCCGGCGAGUGCGGAGGAGGCGGCGCGGGUGGUGUUGGCGGUGGCGAGUCCGUUGUUUGCUUAUGUGACUGGGGAGACGGUUCGGGUUACGGGGGGGAGGAAUAUGUAG